GACCCGUAGGGCUGCCUGGCCCCGGUGCGGGUGCUCCUUCCGGAAGGUUCCAUCCUCAGCCCGUCCCCGCAGGCGGCGGUGGUUGGGGGCAAUGUGCUGACAUCGCAGCGCAUCGUCGAUGUGGUGCUCAGAGCCUUCGGGGCCUGCGCGGCAUCGCAGGGCUGUAUGAACAACGUGACGUUCGGCGACGCGUCCAUUGGUUACUACGAGACGGUGGCGGGCGGGGCCGGCGCGGGGCCGCAUUGGGCCGGGCGCAGCGGCGUGCACAGUCACAUGACCAACACCCGCAUCACCGACCCCGAGAUCCUCGAGCUGCGUUACCCGGUGGUGGUGCGGCGCUUUGAGCUGCGCCGCGGUUCGGGCGGUUCGGGGCGAUUCCGGGGCGGUGACGGAGUGAGGAGAGAGCUGCAGUUCAGAGCCCCCCUCGUGCUGUCCGUGCUCAGCGAGCGCCGCGUCACGCAGCCCUACGGCAUGCAGGGCGGAGCUGCGGGCGCCCGCGGGGUGAAUCUGCUGCAGCGCUGCGACGGCCGCGUGCUCAGCCUGGGGCCCAAAGCCUGCGUCACCGUGGGGCCGGGGUCAGUGAGUGACGGCCCCCGCGCAGUGACCCACACAUUGACCCACACACUGACCCACACGUUGACCCACACACUGACCCAUAGGGGGACACAUAGAGGGACACACAUUGACCCACACACUGACCCACACAUUGACCCACACGCUGACCCACACACUGACCCAUAGGGGGACCCAUAGGGGGACCCAUAGGGGGACACACAUUGACCCAUAGGGGGACCCAUAGAGGGACCCAUAGGGGGACCCAGAGAGGGACACACAUUGACCCACACAGUGACCCAUAGAGGGACCCCACACACUGACCUACACACUGACCCAUAGGGGGACCCAUAGAGGGACACACAUUGCCCCAUAGGGGGACACAUAGAGGGACCCAUAGAGGGACACACACUGACCC